UCCUGCUUAAAGCUAGGGUUCUACAAAUUUGAAACUGUCUUCCACUUUUUCCCUUUUACACUGAUUUGAAAAAUUGUAAUCCUACGAAGAUGAAGCUCAAGCAAUUAGAAGGUCUUCUCGGAGAUCUUCAGCAGUUCUCCAAUCCAAAGGUGGAACUGGAGCAAUACCCAACAAGACCCCACAUUGCAUCUCGGAUGUUGUACAUGGCUGAGAAUUCGUUUGGUGAUAUAAGUGGGAAGGUGGUAGCAGAUUUUGGUUGUGGCUGUGGUACUUUAGGUAUUGCAGGUGCUCUUUUGGGGGCAGAGUACGUCGUAGGAGUUGAUAUCGAUUCUCAAUCUCUUGAGCUUGCCUCACUUAAUGCAGAAGAUCUUGAGUUGGACAUAGAUCUUGUUCUGUGGGACAUCAGGAAUUCGAAGUGGAGAGGCCAAAUAGUUGACACUGUUGUAAUGAAUCCUCCAUUUGGAACUCGGAAAAAGGGGGCUGACAUUGAUUUUCUAUCCACUGCUUUGAAAGUUGCCUCUCAAGCUGUCUAUUCCUUGCACAAAACCACAACAAGAGAUCAUGUGAAGAAAACAGCUUUACGGGAUUUGAAUGCUAGAAGUGCUGAGGUUUUAUGUGAGCUUCGGUUUGAUGUACCUCAACUUUACAAAUUUCACAAGAAGAAAGAGGUUGAUAUUGCUGUUGAUCUGUGGCGAUUUGUUCCCUAGAAGAAUCAAGAAGGUUCAUUGACAUUGUGCAUCAUCAAAGAACAGCUUCAAAGGCAAAGUAGUGGAAUGGACUUGAAUCCCGUGUCUGUAUAUUUGAUAAAAAACAAAGAGAGCAGAAGGAAAUAUCACACACUUUAGAUGUUUUCAUACCCUAGUUGAAAAAUAAUGCAACAUAGUCUUUCACAAAGAAAAUGAAAAUGCAAU